AUGCGUACUAGGUCUGUGUUGAAGUUGUGCUGCGUGAUAGCCGAGCAAUCUGUCGACGGAAACGACGAACCUCACGACAGCGUUGUCUUCAACGCUGCUCCCAGGGGCGUCUGCCGCAAGUCAAUCUGCGGCUACGGAGCCCUCUAUGACGGCGACGCAGCGUCCACCUUCACGAGAGGGGGCCGUUUCACCCACGGCAGCGAAGGCAUUAAUGGAAGUCUUACCAACAGCAGGCAAAUCAAGGCCAUCCUGGCUCUUUUGUUCGCCUUCCUCAUCACGCUGCUCGGUGCGCUGUGCUACGCUCUGUUCUCUUUCUUGAUAGCGCCACCUGAACCAACGGUGCAAGCUGAUACUUCAAUGACCGAUGAACACACGACGAGUUCUACCGACGAGUCGACCACAGAAGACGUGCCGUCAACUCUGACGUCCACAACAGACACGAUACUGCCACCUCCGGCUCCACAACCUAGCCCUAGGCCACCUACUCCUGGACCACCCAGCCCUAGGCCACCUCGCCCUAGCCCUACUAGCCCUAGGCCACCUGCCCCUAGGUCACCUACCCCUGAGCCACUGGAUACUUCAAUGACCGACGAACAGACGACGAGCUCUACCGACGAGUCGACCACAGAAGACGUGCCGUCAACUCUGACGUCCACAACGGACACGAUACUGCCACCGCCGGCUCCACAACCUAGCCCUAGGCCACCUACUCCUGGACCACCCAGCCUAGGCCACCUCACCCUAGCCCUACUAGCCCUAGGCCACCUGCCCCUAGGCCACCUACCCCUGAGCCACUGA